AUGGCCGCGGCAAAUCUCCAAUUGAUGGCUGCAUCUGUCCCGUUCGACCUCAUACCCAACUCGCACCUCCACUCGCGCUCAAACUCGGCCUCCUCUACCUCCUCGCACAAUUCCUCCGGCUCCCGUCCCCACUCUUCCCAGGGUGGCAUCUUGCGCGCGUCGGCUGUGAUGCCGCCAUCGUCCGAAGACCUCUACCGUGCUUCCUUCCAUACCACCAACUCCUUUGCUGGCGAUCACACGCGCACGACCUCCGACGCCUCCCACUCCUCUGCCUACUCCUUGAGCUCAGAGCUGCUCACCCCGGCAGACUCCCCGCCCAACCACAAUCUCUCCAACCCAUCGCUCAAAGCCCAUCUCCGGCCCACUCACAUCCGGGCCCGCGUCGCCGCGUCCCCAUACCCCCGCGACUGCGAGAGCGUCCACUCCUCGUCCAGCGAGACCGAAGACAUCUCUCUGUACCUCGGCUCGUCUGUCCCCGAGUACCCUCACAUGUUCGGCGGGCAACACCUACUGGGACAUAGCCCUGAGACGAUGCAUACUACGGGAGCCUUUGGACGGAUGUCGCUGAGCCCGGACCACGCGCUCGAAAAGCUCGCAGCGAACGUCCGCGCCGCCACAACCACCAGUGCCUCCGAUCGGGCGAAGCAGAUUUUUGUCCAGGCCUGGUUGACCGCUAACUAUUCUCCGUACCCCGAUGGCAAUGUCCCCCGCCAGGGGCUCUAUUUCUCAUAUCGUCGAGUCUGCGACCAGUACGGUAUACCGCAUAUCAACACCGCCACUCUUGGGAAGGCCAUCAGGCUAUGUUUCCCCACUAUCAAGACAAGACGUCUCGGCGUCCGAGGGAACAGUAAAUAUCAUUAUUGCGGCAUCCGUCCUGCGACCUCGGCAGAGGCCGAGUUCUUGCAGGACUACAUUCGCAAAUCAAACAACAGCGCUGCGCAGCAGUCGGUCAAUGCGGCGCGGAUGGCGAGCGAGCAGGCGGAGGCUUCGAACAGAGGCGGCUCAGAUGACGAGGACGAGGACGAGUCGGAGGGCGGCGCGAGCUCCGGGAACGUCUCGAAGCGGAACUCGCUGAAUUUGAGCAAUGGCACGGUGAAGAACCCCGCGCUCUUCCAGGACGAGAAGACGCCGACGGCUAGCAGCCUUCUCGCGCUUGCACAGGCAACGCAGCGGCCGCCCGUGAACACAUACGCUGUUCAGGCAUCCAUCAGGCGACAUGCAGGGCAGCCUGAACCAGCAUUGACCGUUCCUUCGCACGCUGCACAAGCCGACGUCGGGUCCAUCACGCUCAUGUCCCCGUCGGCGCCGCUUUCGGUAAGGCAAAUGCCGCAGUUCCCCUCCAUCGAGGAGGCGGUCGGCGCAACGUCCACGACACCGCCUAGCAUGGCUGCGCGUGAGGUCUGGAGGUGGUUCCAGGACCAUCUGGAUGCUCUACUAGAGAGCUUCAGAUCCUACCGAUUUGACCAGUUUGAACUGCACGUGCGGACCUUCUGGUCGAACCUCAACGGAAGUCAUCGCGAAGUUGUACACGCGCCUGCUGUUGCUGGACUUAUGGCAAAGGCGGAUGCUAUCGUCUACGAUGAAAUUCUGGAGAUUCUCCGACUGCAGAUGCUCUCGCACAUCCCGCAGCAGUCUCUGGCUGGCCUGCGCGCGCUCGCCGACAAAAUGGAGAAAAUUCUCCUCGUGGCCCUCGAGGGAUACGGUAACACGUUCGUCGAGCCUAAAGUCGAACUGGGAGCGCGUUUUGGGCACCUUGUCUUGCGCUUCCUCGAGCUUUAUCAGGUCACGCAAGCCCUGGCAACAGUCCUCAACAACCCGAAGCAGCUCAGUGACAUGCGCCGCUCGUGGCAGAAGAUCGACUUCGAGGGUGUUCGGAACCAAUCCGCGUUGGUCUGCAAUUGCCGUCACGAGGAUCUGGUGCAGCUGCUGGAGGUCGACUUCGUUACACUCCUGGACAGCCUGCCGAAGAGCCAGGAUCCUGUACGAGAUGUGAUGUCGUGGGCGGACAAGUGCUGUGAGCGGUUGAUCGACGGUCGCUCCGGUGGCUUGGAUGAGCGCGCUACAAUGAGCUCGCGGAGUGUUCUGAUACGUUGGGGAUAUGUGACUAGUCAGGUUAUGAGGGAUUUGACGAUCCGAAGCGACCCUGCAUUUGGUGCCUUCCAGAUUCUGAAAUUAUUCUUGGACGACUGGAUCGCUCUGAAUGUGCUUAGGAGCGUUGCUCUAUCGACCAACUCCGUCGCAGCGUCUGUAGAGCCUGUGAUGCAACAACAAUUCUACUCCCUCUCGCCGAUGGCUGGGCAGGAGAGCUUCGGCCACCCUCCCGACGUCAACCACUCCGGGAUGACGCACACGCCGACGACAUCCAGCAUGCUCGCCGCGCUGCAACAGGAUACGUUCGGCUCGGGCUCGCUCGACCACGCCUCGAGCGCCUUCGGUGCCGACGCGUUCGGAUCGCUUUCAUACAUGGAUACGUCCGCAUCACAAGACGACUCGAUGCCCGUCCACUCUUCCACACUCUCGUUCCCCGACUAUGUAUCCGGCGCAAACGCGUUCGACGCGACGGCCUUUUCCCAUGACAUCAUCAGUAGUGCGUCCGGCACGCCUCCCUCGACUGGCAGCGAACCGGACAACUCCCCGGAACCAGUCAAAACCGAAGCCUCACUUUAAUCCUCCUACGCUCUAUUCAUCUCGCCGUAGUGGUAUCCUGGACGCUAACUUAGACUGCUGCAACUAAUACUAUCAUUCGGUGUCUUGCUUUCUCUGGCUUGCAUUAAUUAUUGCUUCGGUAACGUCUGCUGUAUUCACCCUGUUUCCUCAAGUGACGCUGUUCUCAGAUAUCCACGUGUCGUACUCGUACAAUGUAUCCCAUGAUUUACGGGUUGGUCGAGUGUGCGCGGGGGACGCUUGAGUUCACCGGGGAUGGUUGUACGCGAAUAGCGGGGUAGAUUGCACCCUUAUUAACAACGACAAAUAUAUCCUAGUCAACCGAAAA